AUGUGUUCUUGUAACAAACAAGAAUGCACCGAUGAUUUUGUCAGUUAUCCGUACGAACAUGAAUUAAGCUCGCAAGAAGCAUCAUGGCGAACACCAGUAGAUCAAAUCGUUGAAGACUCUUAUGACGAAUAUUGCUCGCCUGCCUGUGCAACCCCAGCAACCCCAAGAACUCCAAUAUCAACCCGACGAGAAUUGCGUACGCCAGCUGCGCCACUUAGAGUACUCAGCCAACGCCGCGAUCUAAGACAGGGAGUAGCUUUAGCAUCUCGUCGUUUGAAUUACGAGGCUAUAACAGCAGGAGACAGCACAUUCGAUAGCCUGGACACAGACGAUAGUACAGGCUCUUCGCAACGAAUUAUACGCGACAUGUUUCGAUGUGCUCCUUCGUCUACUCUUCAAACUCUUCCAACUCCCCAAACUCGUACAGGGAAACUAGCACAAACAUCUUAUCGACUCCGUACCAAACCAUUACCACCGGAAAGACAAUAUCUACCCAGAAUAGCUAGAAUGACACCUUGUGGAAAAUGCUUAAGAGUAAACAUCAUAAUAUGCACAUAUAGGGUAUUGCAGGUGCUUCCAGCCACGGUUUGUCAGUAUAUUCUAUGAGUAUAAAUAAGGACAAAAGUGUUACAUAAAUACAGAUUGUUGGAAGAUUUAUUAAUAAUGGGAAUACAUAACAAGGAAGAUAAUAUUUUCCGAUUUCAUAUAACUAGUGACUUUUCUGUAGAGUAACUCUGAUCCUAACAAAUCUGGCUGGAAAAAUCUGGAACACCCUUUUUAAGCUGAUAAUUAGAUGUUCGUAUGAAACAUCUAACGCUUUCGAUACUAAUUUUCAGAUUUGAAGACAACAAAAUGAAAGACUAAUCGACGAAACUAAAUUGUAAUUCAUACAAAGUACAAUUAUUAUAUUUAGAAAAAAAACGUGGUCUGCUUUCUCUAGACAAAUUGUAAUCCAUAAGAUCAAUCUCGAGGAGGAUUUUUAUAUCUGAAAAUAAAACUAUUUCUUCUUCUUACGAAGAUAUUGUACAUAUCGUGUUAAACAUUUCGAACUGCUUGUACAAAAGAUAUGGAAAAACGAAUUUGGUAGCAGAGUAUAAAGAGAAAUUCUCUAUGUUUGAACAUGUUUAAUGCAUGGAUCUCGUGGUCGUAGAUAAGUGAAUGAUUCACUAAUAUUUGUAUGACCGUUUUCUCGACAUGGUAUGAUUAUAGAAGUACUCUGCAAAUACGCUUAACUGUUUUUCAAUUAGGACCACUAUUGUCCGCUUAUACGAGCAAACACGUGUCGUUUCUAUUGCUUCACCCAGUUUUCAGGAUUACGUAUUUUCAAAAGAAAGUAAAAUUUGCCACUAUAAUUGUAAAUCUUGAAAAAAAUGAUAGAAAAAUGGCCUUGAAAGUCGAAAUUAUUCAUCACAGUAUUCGUCGUACGAUGUAGGUACAUCUACGUUUUCUCUUCACACGAUUUCAUUCAUGUGGGAAAUAAUAGCAACACGAAGGAAGGUAACACAAACAAAAUACCUUAUAUACUACAACACAUUUAUAAAAAUAGGUAUCUUGUGUAUAUUUGUAAAACAUGUAUUUCGAGCAAAUGUGAGCAAAUGUCGUGAAUAUAUGAAUACACAAGUUUGUAUAAACAUAAAAUGAAGAAGGAGUUACAACCUCACCCAAAAAUUUCUAUAUUUAAUAUAGGCAUUACUCUAUACUUUUAUUUAUUUUCUUAUACUUCAUUUGCCGUUCUA